UGUCCGCACCUUAAGUGUCUGGGACCAGGAAGUGUCGAAGCUGCCAAAGUCUACUACUAGCUACUCGUUAGUUUACUCGAUGAAAUAACAUACAUUGAAAAACAUAAAAGAAGAAGGUUGUUUUUUAAUAGCUUAAUAGGUAAUAUGCGUGCUUGAACGGGGGUUUGUAAACACAUUUCAGUGUAAUUUAAGGUUAGAGACCGUACAGACUUCUAGCCAGCUUGUUUGGCUAAUUGGUAGCUAACAGUUAACCUUAGCAGGUGUUGCGAUGGCUGUGUCGCAUAUAAACUGCUUCGUGGCAUGGAUUUUAUUGUGUGGUAUGCUGUCUGGAUCUAACGCGAGGAUACAUAAGCUCAUUCUGAAGAAUGAAACACGGUUCGCUGUUGACCUCAACAAUUUUGGUUUCUUUGCAAAUGGAACUCUAGAUGUGAACCUGACUUCUUUGGGGCUUAAUGAAAAACUUGUAAACUACAGCAUCUAUCCAGUUGGUUUUAGCCUGUCCAGGUCACGGGUUAAUGGGGUGUUACCUUACACAGCAGAGGAGAGUGAGGAUUGCCCGCUCGCAGCCACCAAGCCAACCAAUGAUGAGCCUCUCAUCCUUUUUCUCAUUGACAUCAUCAAAAUGAGAGUCAAUGUUUAUGCCAUGGGUAAUCAAGAUAAUGUCCUGAUAGCCAAAGCCAAGUCAGAUAAGGCAAAAGAAAGGAAAGUUAGAGAUGAUGGGAAUCAGCAGAAACCAGCAGAUUCUAACAAAGUAAAGCCAGCUGAAGAAAAUGACUCAGAAGAUGGUAAAAAGACAAAGACAGCAGGUGGGAACAGUCAGGAGAAUGGACAAGAAGGUGGCCAACCAAGUCAGAAGAAUGCACAAGAAGGUGGCCAACCAAGUCAGAAGAAUGCUCAAGAAGGUGGCCAACCAAGUCAGAAGAAUGCACAAGAAGGUGGCCAACCAAGUCAGAAGAAUGCUCAAGAAGGUGGCCAACCAAGUCAGAAGAAUGCACAAGAAGGUGGCCAACAAAGUACAAACAAAGAACAGUCAACCCCUUUUGAAGAAGCUAAGAAAGUGGAGGGAACCACAUUCCUGCUGAACCAAACAACCAAGCCGAUUUUAGCACUGGACAAAAUCAAGGGCUUCUAUAACUUCAGUUUCCAGUUGGUGGUUGGCCCAAAGGCAGAAGGUCUUUACAGCCUGAAGUUCCACUACUGUCAGAACAGGAUGCCUGGAAUUAGGAUUCCUUACUCUUUGAGAGUGGACGUGACAGAGACAAACCCAGGGAGCUUCCUGUCUGCAGCAGAAAUCCCCUUGUCCCGCCUUUACAUAUGUAUGGCUGGAGUCUUCUUUGCUGCAGCCUUGGUCUGGGUGUACACUCUCAUGAAGCACAGGUACAGUGUGUUUAAGAUCCACUGGCUGAUGGCAGCAUUGGCAUUCACCAAAUCCACCUCUUUGGUUUUCCAUAGUAUCAACUAUCACUUCAUAAACACGCAGGGGCGUCCUAUUGAAGGCUGGGCCGUCAUGUAUUAUAUCACCCACCUACUGAAAGGAGCUCUCCUGUUCAUUACACUGGCACUGAUUGGAACAGGCUGGGCUUUUGUUAAAUACAUCCUGUCUGACAAAGAGAAGAAAAUCUUCAUGAUAGUCAUCCCUCUGCAGGUCCUGGCUAAUGUUGCAUUCAUCAUUAUAGAGUCUACAGAAGAAGGCACCAGUGAAUACUAUCUGUGGAAGGAGAUCCUCUUUCUGGUGGACCUCAUCUGCUGUGGAGCCAUCCUGUUCCCUGUUGUCUGGUCAAUCCGUCACUUACAGGAGGCUUCAAGCACAGAUGGGAAAGCUGCCAUGAACCUGGAGAAGCUCAAGCUGUUCAGGCAUUACUACGUCAUGAUUGUGUGCUAUAUCUACUUCACAAGGAUUAUAGCAAUUCUGCUGAAGAUCACAAUGCCCUUCCAGUGGCAGUGGUGCUAUGAGUUUCUGGUGGAGGUGUCAACUUUGAUCUUCUUUGUGCUGACGGGCUACAAAUUUCGACCAGCAUCCAAUAACCCCUACCUCCAGCUUCCCCAGGAUGAAGAGGAUGUAGAGAUGGAUGAAGUAGUGACGGAGUCAGGAGCACUGGAAGGCAUCUCCAAAGUUAAGAAGACGUCUAACGGACGUGAGCGCCAGAAAGAGCCUGCUCUGUAGGUGGAGAGCUGCUUGUUUUUCAGAGGGACCAACCGAGCCGCCCGGGGCCAGGCCAGCUGGGUGUGAAGAGGCUCACAUGGACCAAGGCUCCCCACUUCCACAGACUGCUCUCUGUUUAAAACUCCUCAGUGGUUGCAAAGCUUGUGGCCACUGUCUGGCUAUGCAAAAAGAAAGGAAAAAAACAAAACAAAACAAAAAAAACGUUAUGAUUAUAAAAUACGGCUAACAUGAUGGACGCUCACUGUUUUCUUGGGGACACUCCACCCAGAACCCGAAGGGUUUCAGGAGCCUUUUUUUCCCCCUCAUGGACAGUUGGAGAUGUGGAACAGAGCUCUGGAAUCCAUAUUUUUCUCCUCUGUUUCUCUCCAAAGAUAAUUAUUAUUAUUAUUAUUAUUUUAGACAAAGACUUGCUUUUGGGAGUGUUAAUGUCAGCUAUUUAAAAUGGUACUUCUACCACUUGGUUGUAUCUUUUUGUGUGAUAUGGGGACAUUUAUGGCUGUGAGAUGACACAAAUUUUCUUCCUUUGGAUAAAAUAACCCAUGCUCAGGUUAAAGA